UGGUAUCUCUGUUUUUCCUCUGUUUCAUUCUCUCUGUUAGCCUUUUCCUUCCCAACUCUGUUUUUCAUGGAACUUUUAAAAACCUCGAGGGCUGAGUAUAGAGGAAAAAUGACUAAGCAGAAUGUGGUGGUUUCUGAUUGCACGUCGCCUAUCGGAAAGGUUAGACUUGCCGCGUCGGAUUCAGCACUGUUCUCACCCGCGAUCCCAAAAACUCUGGCUGCCCUUGGUGGGCGCAUUGCCAUAUCCAAAAAGAAACUCAUGAAGAGGCUUGAUACUAGAAGAGGAGCCAGGGUCAGUACCUGGGUUGAUUCCAUGAGAGACUCCUCGCCUACCCGAACCAAAUCAACGCCUUCUUUGCCUGAAACAGAAGAAAAAAGCUCCUGGAUUCUCCGUCAUCCAUCGGCGUUAGAAAACUUCGAGCAGAUUAUAUCAGCUUCCAAGGGAAAGCAGAUUGUGAUGUUUCUGGAUUAUGAUGGCACUCUCUCUCCUAUUGUCGAAGAUCCAGAUCAAGCAUUCAUGUCCGUAGAGAUGAGAGAAGCUGUAAGGGAUGUGGCUAGAUACUUCCCCACAGCCAUAGUGAGUGGGAGGUGCAGGGAUAAGGUUUAUAAUUUUGUAAGGUUAGAAGAACUAUUCUAUGCGGGCAGCCACGGGAUGGAUAUCAAGGGACCUUCCAAACACCGAAAAUGCGACAAAGGAAAUCAAGCAGUCAUCUUCGAAGCUGCUUCUGAGUUUCUGCCCAUGAUCGUUGAGGUGUACAAAGCCUUGGUAAACGAAAUCAGUUCCAUCCCAGGAGCAAAGGUUGAAAACAACAAGUUUUGCCUAUCCGUACACUUCCGCUGCGUCGAUGAAAAGAGUUGGGCUGCAUUAGCAGAGCAAGUUAGGGUGGUGCUCAGUGCGUAUCCAAAACUUAAACUGACACAAGGGAGGAAGGUUUUGGAGAUCCGUCCAACCAUCAAAUGGGACAAGGGCAAAGCCCUUGAAUUCUUGCUGGAAUCACUAGGAUAUGCCAAUUCUAAUGAAGUUUUGCCGAUCUAUAUUGGAGAUGAUCAGACUGAUGAGGAUGCGUUCAAGGUUCUGCGCCAUAACGGACAAGGAUUUGGGAUCCUUGUCUCUAGAGUUGCAAAGGAAACAAGCGCAUCUUAUUCUUUGCAAGAACCAUCUGAGGUUAAGGAAUUUUUGCGGCUUUUGGUGGAGCAGGAGAGUGGGUUACAGAAAGGACAGGACAGCCGGGGGAAGAGAAGAGGACAGGGUUGAUAUGUAAACUAUAAAACAUAUACAGCAAUUGUUGGUCCUAUAGUUUUUGAACGGGAUCUCAAUUUUUGCUGUAUGCUAUCUUUUUGCCCAUGGAAUUAUGUACGUGUUUUCUCGGUUCUCUCUGUUUUGAAAAUUGUUUGAAGCAAUAUUCCGAUCCCUCUCUGUAUGUUUUGAUGUAGAGUUCUAACUUCUACCGCCUAUUAAUUAAC